AUGGUUUGGUUUAAAGAAAAAGAAGCAGCGAAGGACAAUGAGGUGUGCAAGAAGUUGAAUGGAAUGAGUGAAGAGUGAAGUGAAGGGAAAGUGGGGGAGUUCAUAAAAGUCCAAAAUCACUGUGAAGGUUUGAACGGGAGGCGGUGCGGUGCCAUUCUCUUCUACAGAGAAUGGAGGUCCAGUCACGUGGUGUUUUGGUAAUACAUUAUUGAAUGGUUCGGUUCCACUUUGGUUGGCUUUACUCAAAAUUUCAUCUUUUUUUCUUUUUCUUCUCUUCUCACCAAACAACUUCAAUUCCUUGUUCAUUCACUGAUUACCUCAAUACCCAACACAACCCAGAUCUUCUCUCUUCUUCCUGUCUUUCUGUCUCCUUUUUCCUUUCCUCCACCUGCUCUGGAACUGGAGGAUUAUUCUAUCUAACUCCAUUCUGCUGCUUCUUUGAUGGCUCAUUGAGGAUUUUACUUUUCAGCUUCUUUCUUCUGUUUAUGGGCAUGGAAUUGAAGAAGGAAAAGCUUGUUAGGUUUUAUUCUGAUCACAAAAAACAUAAGAAAUCCGCCAUUGGAAGCAGCAAUGAAGCAGUGCAACUUGAGAAGUCACCGUCGAAAUACUAUAUUCCCUCGUCAACGUCAACAUUCUUAAUACCUGAGAAUGGACUAGGAGGAGGCAAAAGUAAAUUGACCGAAACUUUUAAAACGGAGAAGUCUAAGGUGUUUCCAGAGGACCAUGAACCAUGGAGCAAAAGAAUACUAGACCCUGGUAGCAAAAUUGUUUUGAAAUGGAACCGGGUGUUCAUUUGCUCGUGCUUACUGGCUCUCUUUGUUGACCCACUAUAUCUUUAUUUGCCUGCUUUGAAUGGGAAUGGAGUAUCCCAAUGUGUAAGGACAGACUGGAAAUUGCGAAUUGUUGUGACCUGUUUCCGAACAGUUGCAGAUUUUUUCUACCUUUUGCACAUGAUUAUAAAGUUCAGAACAGCUUAUGUUGCUCCUAGCUCUCGUGUUUUUGGGAGAGGUGAGCUUGUGAUGGAUCCAAAGAUGAUAGCAAAGAGGUAUAUUAGAUCUGAUUUUUUUGUCGAUCUAAUUGCCACCCUGCCUCUCCCUCAGUUUGUCAUCUGGUUCAUCAUACCUGCAACAAGAAGUCGUCUAACCGAUCAUAAAAACAAUGCACUUGCGCUUAUUGUUCUUCUUCAAUAUAUUCCAAGAUUGUAUUUGAUUUUCCCACUAAGUUCAGAAAUCAUCAAAGCAAAUGGUGUUGUUACAAAAACAGCAUGGGCAGGAGCUGCUUAUAAUCUUCUACUUUAUAUGUUGGCCAGCCAUGUUCUAGGUGCUACAUGGUAUUUGCUGUCAGUUGAUAGAUAUACUUCGUGCUGGAAGUCAUUUUGUAUGAAGAAGGAAUAUAAUCCUCUAGAGUGCAAUCUAACAUUUUUUGAUUGCGAUACAUUUAACAGUAAUGAUCGCAAAACAUGGGCAAACAGUACACUUGUUUUUGGAAAAUGUGGCACUGAUGGAGGAGACUUCAAGUAUGGCAUUUUUGAGAAUGCAAUGUCGAAGAAUGUUGUCUCUUCAAACUUUAUUGAAAAGUACUUCUAUUGUUUGUGGUGGGGCUUGCAAAACCUGAGUUCAUAUGGACAAAACUUGGAAACAACGACAUUCAUUGGUGAGACAUUGUUUGCUGUGCUCAUUGCCAUCUUAGGCCUUGUAUUAUUUGCCCAUCUGAUUGGGAAUAUGCAGACGUAUCUGCAAUCCCUUACUGUGAGGCUUGAAGAAUGGAGACUAAAGCGAAGAGACACUGAAGAGUGGAUGAGACAUCGUCAACUCCCUGAAGACUUGAAACGACGAGUUCGACGUUUUGUACAAUAUAAGUGGGUGGCAACCAGAGGAGUUGAUGAAGAAACCAUCUUGCAGAGCUUGCCUGCUGAUCUUCGACGUGAUAUUCAGUGCCACCUAUGUCUAGAUCUUGUCCGACGAGUUCCUUUCUUCGCACAGAUGGAUGAUCAGCUACUUGAUGCAAUAUGUGAACGCCUGGUCUCCUCCUUGAGCACUGAAGGUACUUAUAUUGUACGGGAGGGUGACCCGGUAACAGAGAUGCUGUUCAUUAUUCGAGGCAGAUUGGAGAGUUCUACCACAAAUGGAGGCCGCUCUGGUUUCUUUAACUCCAUAACAUUACGUCCCGGGGACUUCUGUGGGGAGGAACUACUUUCUUGGGCCUUGCAUCCAAAAUCCACCACCAACUUGCCCUCCUCAACUAGAACAGUGAAGGCACUCAAUGAAGUUGAAGCUUUUGCACUCCGUGCAGAAGAUCUUAAAUUUGUGGCCAACCAAUUUAGACGUCUGCAUAGUAAAAAAUUGCAGCACACAUUCCGCUUCUACUCUCAUCAUUGGAGAACAUGGGCAGCUUGCUUUAUUCAGGCUGCUUGGCGUCGCCAUAAGAAAAGGAUGAUGGCAAAAGACCUCUUAAUGAAGGAAUCAUUUACAUUACCAGAACAAGUGGCUGAUGAAACUACCCAAGGAGAGGAACAAUUCUCUGUUGUUUCAAAUCCUUCUCAGUCUAAAAUGUAUCUGGAUGUAACCUUGCUGGCUUCAAGGUUUGCUGCAAACACAAGGAGAGGCGCCCAGAGAAUGAAAGAUGACUUGCCAAAAUUACAAAAGCCCGAUGAACCCGACUUUUCCAUUGAGCCAGAUAGAUAACAGUUUCCAGUAGUCUCAAACAUGUCUCUGAGAAGGGUGAAAUCCAUUUCAGAUGAGCAUCCUUUUUUCUGUCAUCUGGUAUUUCAGAUCUUACAGGGGCCGACUGCCGUUUUUCCUCUUGAUGUAUAGCUUAUCAAUUACUUGCUUUCAUCCAACCAUUAUAAGAGCCAGGGGUUUAAUGUCGCAAACUCUGUGUUACUGUGUAACCAGUAAGUUGGUCUUGUGUUCAACUCUUAUAGACAGUAACAGAAUUAGUUGGAUGGUUAAUCGUGUUGCUGCCAACAUAGCUGCAAAUUAUACUUCACCAGACAGUACACAGUUUCUCAGUUAAAUUUUGAUUGAAUGCAAUAUCUUGAUUUUUCACUAGACGGUGCUGAAAUAGAGCUAUGCUGGUAUGGGGCUGCUGCUGAGCAAGGAAGCUUCUGUUUAUAUUUUAUGAUUAGAGACAAAUUCUGUACCUUUUUAGUCAUUUUUUCUUUGCUCUAGAAUUUUCUGACUUAUCCAUUGCCCUUAAUUUUGAUGUCCAACAAAGUAUCUAGCUGAAAAUGCACAUAUACGUAGCAAGAGUGCUUUGGAUUUCAGAAUUUGUAAAAGUAAGCCAGUUUGGUCACUCCUGUUUCGAACUGACCUUGCAAAUUUAUCAUCCAGUUUAGUUUAUUGAUGUACGAACAGUAAUAGAAGUAUUAUAGUUUUCAUGUCGAACCCAA